UCCAAAGAAAAUAAUAUGGCGCUCAGAAAACAUUGAUUUGCUACAGGAAUACAUCAUUAAAGCUCAAGACAAUCAUUGCUGGACAGUGCUACUAAGUUUUCAGAAGCAAGCGGAAUAAUAUAAUCGAAAAUCCGAAAAAUGGCCGGUGCGAAGACAGCCCUACUACUAAGAGAGCUUGAGCAGGUGCUCCCUCUGCUGGACCCUGCAAGACGGGAGCUAGCCACACUGUGUUCACCCCAUCCACACAUUGAGAGAAACGUUCAAAACGAAGAUAGGUUACAAAAAGAGAUAAGUGAACUACAGCGAGACAACGCGGAAUUUCUUGACGCACUUCAGACGAAAGCUGACGAGUAUUGUAUGCUAGACAAAAAAAAGUAAACAGCAAGACGAACAAAUCGAACAGUUGGAAACAGAGAAAAGGGAGCAAAGCGAACUAUUCCAAGAAAUAAAACGGCAAGUUUUAGAUCUAAAGGGAGAAAAAGAGAGGAUAUGCAUACAAAUGGAAGAACAACAUUCUAAAUACCAAACGUUGGAGAAGAGAUGCGAGAGCCAAAAACAGGAGAAUGUGGCGCUGCAAGCUCAAAUGAAGUCCACUGACGAUCACGAAGUUGAGCACAAAAGACAAAUACGGCAUCUGGAAUCUGAUCAGGAAAUAUUGAAAGAAGAGCUACGUACAGCCAAGGAAAGGGUAAGCUCAUUGCUUGGCGAACGACUGACCUUGAGUGCAGGGGUCUCUGAUUUAAGUGACCCGUAUGGUCCAACCAAGAUAGCGGAAAUGUACUCUGCGCUCUACGAUGACCUAUGGACCGACGCCUACCAGGUCAGCGAGGUGGUGUUUCAGGGAAAGAGAGAAAAGAACCGGGUCAAGAAGCUUAUACAAGUUUUGGUCUUGUACAUAAAUUUUGCAAGGAGAAACAACACCAAGAUGCAAAUAUUUUAAGAGCAAUGUUUCGGAAGUCCCCGAAUAAUUGUGAGCAACUACCGCAAGAUGUAAACCGUAUUCUUCGAGAUGUGUUGCGAGUGUCAUACGAAAUGGCUAUUGGAAACAUUAACAAGAAAUUCUCAGAAGAGCUUGAUAAUUCUAAAGUGGUAUGCAAGUUUGCAAGUGAGAUACCACAAUUUGUGGAGGCGUGUUUCCACAUCUGCUGGUUAAUGCUGAUGCAUGAUCCACCAGUCGUCAUCCAGAAAAACGUCACCAAAGGGUCUCCGUUCGAUAAAGGUUCAUACAAGCCAUAUAUGACGACGGGAGAUAAAAUAGAUUACGUUGUAUGGCCAGCCUUACUACUGCACGAAGACGGUCCCGUAAUUGCUAAAGGGGUUGUCGAGUGCUUUAGGUCAACUGCGUACAAACAAAAGACGACUUGUAUAAAACCCGAAAAACAACAAGUGGGAUAUCCAGAAAUAGAUGAUGCUCAUGCGCGAUUUGACAAUAAUUUCGAUGAUAUUGAUUAAGGGAAAAUGAUUGACAAUUAAAAUAUUCACGAAACGGGACAUCGAAAUAAAACUGAUGCUGAGCAAAAUGUCACGGGAGUUCUAUUAAACCCCAAGGAAAUGGCUAAUACGACGUGUGCUAAUAUUGACAAACCAACGAAACAGACAGAUUAUCCCGAGGAACUUGUACCUACUGGAACCGAACUGCGAAAGUUGAACUAUUACAGGAUUACAUUUCGAUCUGAAAUGGACUGAAAGUUUAGAAAAGUAGAUUCACAAUACUGAAUUACGUGUUCUUAGCAAAAAUGAAUUAUAAUACAUUGCGUUUGCUUUGUUUCUCAAUCAAAAAUUCAAAGAACCGACUGUGGGGAAUAUUCCAGAAUGCAUCUGCAGGACGAUCACCGCUUUGUAUGAACACUUCCUUUUACCAGGAUCUGUUUUUAUAAGCUUGUACCGUCGAAAAUUCAUGAGUUUAUACUAACUAUACUCUAACACGUGAGUUUGGUUAGUGGUCACCAAGCCGGACAAGUGGGUUUUCUCCGGGUACUCCGGUUUCCCCCACAACACAAGACCACACCCUCGCGCAACAUCGUGCCAACGAGAGUGACUUAGUAUAAGUUAUUAUAACUUUCUUCACAAUCGUUCUAAAAUGUAUAGUGUUUAAACUAACAUUUAACGAUUUGCAAUGUCUAGGGUGCAGUUAAAGUGACUCUUUUAAAAUCAAUACAUACACAUGAUAAACAAACAUAAAUGUUGAGUGAUAAACCUUAAACUACUUACUAAAUAAUGCAUUUAUGGAAAAUAUACAUUACUGAAAACUAGAAUGUAACGGUGUAUUUAAUAACGCAAAAAUAUUAAAUGAUUGGUGAGUGCUAAUGGAUUUACUGUGAUCUACUAUCGUCUACAUAUUGGUAGAAAUACCGUGUUUUCUGCACCUUUCUUUCAAAUUAA